UUCAUUCACAACUCCUACCAUCGCCGUAAUGUUGCUGUCUUGGCUGAGGAAAUUUCGGCCGUCGUCCCAUUCGGCCAAAUUCAUCCUCAUUCCGGCAGCCAAUUACACAAGCAACCAGCGUUUGGCAGAAGUCGGCAAGUUUGAGUCACCUAAGCUGAGCGGAAAGUACGAGACUGGGCAGCUGUUCUUGCACCGUGUGUUCGGCUACAGAGGAGUGGUACUUUUCCCCUGGCUGGCUAGGGUUUACGACAGAGAUGUUCCUAAUAAAAAAGAAUCAAAACCCAUUGAAGAAUCCCUAAAUUAUAAUCAAGUUGGCAAGGAGGUGAAAGGAAGAGCCCACACAUACUACCAAGUGCUAAUAGACUCGAGAGACUGUCCGUAUAUCCGAGCUCAGACUGAAGCAGUAACUUUCCUCGGCAACCAAGAUAAUGGGAGAACGUUGUAUGCUGUCCCAGGCUUAGAUUAUAUUGCACACGAAGAUGUCAUGCCAUAUAUUGCUGGGGAUAAACGACCCAUUAGACACGACCUAUUCGACAAGUUCCUUGUUCACACUCCAGAAAAAGAUCCUCCAUUUGGUGCUCGAGAAACCCUCAAAGCAUGGCAGGAGCGCAAUCACCCCUGGUUAGAGCUCUCAGACGUGCAUAAGGAGACAACAGAAAAUAUCAGGGUCACUGUUAUCCCCUUUUACAUGGGGUGUCGGGAGUCACAAAAUGCUAAUGUUUACUGGUGGCGUUACUGCAUCCGCUUAGAGAAUCUAGGAGAUCUAACAGUCCAAUUGCGUGAAAGACACUGGAGGAUCUUCAGUCUCUCAGGAACCCUGGAAACCGUAAGAGGUAGAGGUGUAGUAGGCCAAGAACCCGUGCUUUCCAGACAACAACCUGCAUUUCAGUAUUCGUCACAUGUGUCGCUGCAGGCACCUUCGGGACACAUGUGGGGGACCUUCAGGAUGGAGAGAGAAGAUGGAUUCACGUUUGACUGCCGCAUCCCACCUUUCUCUUUGGAGAGCAAACAAGAGGAUACGUCUCAGCCAACGAGUGUAAUAUAGUGAACAAAAUUUAUAAUCCCUCAGUUCCAGUUCUUGUGGAUGUGCAGAGGGCGAUCUAAGUGACAUAGAUUGUGAUACAACUUUAGAGCUUUUAAUUUAUUUAUGGUUAGCCUAUGGCCUGAAGCUCGGUCUUUUAUUCAUGUUCUGAAUGGGGCAAAAAGCUUCGAGAUUUGACCAUGUAUUGUUUUUUUUUACAAUCAGUCACACAUUCAGUUUGUAAAAUAAUUUCUUUCUUCCCUGUAAAUAUACUCUAUUUAUAAUGCUCCAUAAUAAUUUGGGAAAUUUGGAUAUUCAUUAUUAAAGUUCUUUUGGGUCAUAUUUUGGUCACCAAACGUUAUUCAUUAUAUCUUUCAUGAUUAUCAAUUACACACCAGACAAAUUGUUUUAUUAACAUUUAUAUUCUCAUUUACAAAAUGUAAAUCCUAUGUUCGAUUUUUAAAGAAUAGUGGUUGUAUUAUUUUGAUAAUAAAAGAAAACAAAAUGGUAUAAUGGUCUGUGGUGAUUUAAAAACCCAUGCUGUUAUUGAAAAUUCUACAUAAGGAUAACUUUGAGUUGAUGUCAGGCCACAAAUAGAUUGCCUUGCAGUUUUGCUGUGUGUAUAGUAUGUUCUCUCAGUAAGGAAAGUUGUUUUUCCAUCUUUUUAAAAACUCAUUACAAUGAAUACUAAAGACCUCAUGAUGGUAUGAAAAGUAAUUAACCCCAGAGCAUCCGCAACAGUUAAUAACAAUAUUUUGUGCCAUAUAAUGUAGGAUAUCUGUCAGUUUUAUUUAUUUCUUUAUAAUUAUGACUUUUUUUCCAAAACCUGUGCACCUUAGAGUGGAUUCAGACAGUGCUUUUCUUAUCCAGGUUGAAAUCGACCAAAUUUGGACCAAUUAAUUAAAGAUGAUUGCCACUGAAUUAUUUUACUUAAUGAGGGAAAAUUGUAACAUGGUGGUGUUAUUAGAUUCUCAUUGCUGUUACCAGUUAGAAGCAAUUUGGAAAUAACUUUUCAGGGUUAAUAGCUUUUGCUAUAAAUGAAGUUGCGCACACACACACACACACACACACACACACACACACACACACACACACACACACACACACACACACAAACACAAACACACACACACACACACACACACACACACA